ACAUGAAGCAAAAGGUUGGUAGUAGAAAUAAGUUCCAAACCCACCAUACACAAGACCAUAUGCAAUAAAUGCUUCAGCCAUUGUUGCAUCAUUUCAUAACCACCAAAAACGUGAUAAUCUUGAAAGGUAGUCUGCAAAGACGAUGGCACUGAGUGGGAAGGUAGUUCAUGGAGAGCUGUUGGACACAGUAUGUAUUGAAAAAUUAUCAUUUCAGCAAUUUCCGGAAAUUGAGCCAUGCUUUGUUAGAAAAAAAGUAGGGGAUCUUCGGAUAACAUGGAGGAUCUGGAACAAUGAAGGUACCUGCCACGAAUUGGUAUACAACAAUAGCGAUGAUGCCCCUGUUGUUACCAGUGGUUGGGCUGAGCUGCAAAACUACUAUGAUAUGCCUGCUGAUGUGGUAGUUAUUUUGGGUUACUACGAGAACAACGAUUUUGAGGUAGCCGGACAUGUAGAAAUAACGUCACAUGAGGAUUUUCCAAGGUACCAUAGUAGAUCCAUCAGCCAUAAGGGGAUACAUGUGUUUGACGUAGAACUCGACGAUAGUAGUGUGAAAUCAGCGAAAUUAAGACUACAACCAGAGUUUGGUCAAGUUCUGAGAGACAAUGAUUAUGAGGUUUUGACAUUGUGUGGUGAUAAUGGAAGAACUCAGAUGCUCCUAAUUUUGAACACCGAUGACCCAGGACGUACAAAAUUAGGUUAUGAAUGGUUUGAAUUUUGCGCAUCAAACAUCCUGCAAUCCGGGGACAUCAUCAAAUUCAAAUUUGAUGUAACCGACAGUCACAAAACAUGCCAUGUGUAUAAGGUGUGUAACCCAUAAUCAACUUAUGUUAAACUAAAAUGUCGUUUCGGGACAGAUGUUAUAUGUAAUAUAUUUGAAAUGCUCUUAUGUCGCUUUUGUUUAAUUCUUGUAUUGUUAAGUGAUACUGUUGGAAUUAACAAUUUAAGAACGUGGUUUAUAUCUAUUGAUUAUAAAC